AUGGGCAAACCGAAUGGCAACUUCGUUCCCAAGAAGGGCAAGUUGCGCAAGGUCAUGAAGAAGCCCGCGGCAUCCAAAGACGCUACAUGGAAAUCCAUCAAGUACGUCAGGGAGGCGACGGAAGUCACAUCACGAAUACUCUCCAAGUUGUAUGCAGACAAGAAGCGCAACAACGUGUUGAAGCACAGGUGCAACAACAAGCAGUGUCGUGCCCGUCUCAAUCCCCAUCACUUGCACCCGCUUUUCACGGAUGGGCAAGGACUGCAAAAGCAGAGCUUGCAGACACAGUCCGCCGUUCUUCUCCUGAAGCUCCUCAACGUCCCCCAAUCCGCCAUUCACAUCGUCAUGGGUACGAACCACAAGGCAUUGGAGGACUUGGAAGCUGGGAUGAAAACGUGGGCGGACGUUGAGGCCGACGAGGCGACUUUCGACAAGAAGGACAUAUCCCAGAACUUUCAGAUCGUCUCAUGUCUUCUAUUCUUCGCAGUUUUCCGGCACAAGACGGUUAUCGCAGCAAUGUCGGCGCCCUUCGUUCGCAAACUGCCCAUGGAUGUUGCAGCGCGCAUUUUCGAGUUUGGCGAGUAUCGGUAUUUAUUGAGCGAAAAGAUUUAUUCAUCAGGUGAUGUGGUUUAUCGCUACGACGAUAUCUUCUACAAGUCCACGCCACAGGAUGAUGCCGAUGCAUCAGUUCAGGACAACUUGCUGGAGAAGGAGAAGGAAGACUUCCGGAGCAAGGCUAUGUCUCGGAAGAUGUUCGCGCAGACAGAUUGGCAGACCAAGGUAGACGACUUGCCGUCGCAGUCCGAUCAAGCGAAGCAGGAGGAACUUGCGGCGAUGCGUGGUCAGAUGGAAACAUAUGAUGCGGCACUGGCACGGCAGGAUUCAGAAGCCAAAGCCAGGGACACCGCCACGCAGUUCCAUGCUGCGCAGCAGCAAAGGAGUACGUUUGAGUUGACUGGACGCGGUGCCUUCGGCAAUCCAGGCGAGACUUUGCUGCUGCAGUGGAAGUUCGCUUCUCUUGAUAGCGACGAUAGUGGCGAGCUGGGUUACCGGGAGCUUCUGCCGCUGCUGAAGCCGGGCGUACCAUUGGCACAACUGGAGGCAGUAAUGCAAAGCUUGGAUACAGACAGCAGCGGUGGAGUUGACGUGCUCGAGUACGCAGGUGCAAUGACGCAGCGGCCUCGGAAGCGUCAGCUUCGCCCCACGACAUUACCCGGGCCAAGGCCCUGGAGCCGAGAGGUUGUAGAUAAUGCUCCAGCGCCCCGCCCGCGGGCUGGCGACGCGGAACUUCCUUCUCUGGCGCCGGCGAUGUUGAAUGGGUCCACACCUGAACGCCUCCAUGGUCUUCUCGGCCGAGUCGGCGGACGCGCGCGGCGUCCCACCAUUUCCCUUCCUCCAGAGGGUCUCACAGCAAAGGAGCGAACAGCAGCUCACCGCGGCUUCUGCUUCAACUACCGGAUGAGCGACUCUAUCCCCUUGAAUCGCAAGCAGCUGGAUGUUCGGUCGCAGGCCUGCCGCAAAAAACACGACACUUACCCAACGGAUUUGCCCAGCGCAAGCGUCAUCGUGGUAUUUCAUAACGAGCACAUCUCUGUUCUCCUCCGCACCCUGCACUCCAUCUUGAAUCAGUCACCACCGCGAUUGCUCGCGCAAUUGAUCGUCGUGGACGAUGCCAGCGUCCCCACUGAUCGUUUCGACAGAGAACACUGGGAAGCUCUUCAAGCUCCGCUGGCCGAAUAUUGUCAGCAGCUGCCAAAGACGCAGUUGGUUCGGCUGGCAGAACGGCGAGGGCUCAUGGUUGCACGUAUGGAGGGUGUGUGGAGGGCCACUGGUGACGUGGUGAUCUUCCUAGACAGCCACAUCGAAGCCACCCCGGGUUGGAUAGAACCCUUGCUGGCCCGCAUCAAGGAGGACCCCAGAAAGGUGGUUCUGCCCAGAGUCGACACCAUUGAUGCAGAAACUUUUGAGUACUCGUCCUCAGAGAAAAGUGGCAUCGGUGUCCUCGGCUUCUCGUGGAGCCUCGGACAGCGGCAAUGGCCCGUAGCAGACUACGGCCAGGACGGCACGCAACCGGCGCCGUCGCCAAUCAUGCCAGGAGGACUCUUCGCAGCAGAUCGCAAAGAGUUCUUGAUGCUCGGAGGCUACGACCAGGAGAUGCGUCUCUACGGCGGCGAGGAGAUGGAGAUCAGUUUUCGGACCUGGAUGUGUGGUGGGGCCAUCGAACACGUGCCCUGCUCACGCGUGGGCCAUGUGUUCCGGACUCCGAAGUACUGGCAAGGACAAGUCUACGAAGUGCCGGGCCAGGAGAUUGCGCGAAACAAGCUACGUGCUGCGGAGGUUUGGAUGGACGACUACAAGAAGCUAAUGCAAUACGCCACUAUGCUGCUUCCCCCGGAACUGUCCUUGGGCGACGUGUCAGAUCGAAUAGCGCUUCGACAUCGCCUGGGCUGCGCCGGCUUCGACUGGUAUCUCCAGACCGUGGCGCAAGGCAUGCAUGUGCCAAACAUCUCCGAUGCUGCCCGUGUCGGGGCGCUGCAAAACAAGAGGUAUGGCGCCUGUCUGGACACUUUGGGCCACAGCGGCCAUGGUGAGGAGAUCGAUCUCUUCACCUGCCACGGGCAGAGGGGAGCCCAAUCCUUCGUGAUGGACGGAGAUGGUUUGCUUCGACUUCCGCAGACGAACUAUAUCGGCUGCGUGGCCAAGAAAGACCAGAAGCUCAUCAUUGAGGUCUGCGAUGCGCAGCUAAAGAGCGCGCGAUGGACCUGGGACACAUCCACGUGGCAGUUCCGUCCCAGAGGGAAGUCGAAAUGUCUCGAAGUGCGAGUGGGAGCUUCGAAGUACAAGCUGGGCUUCGCAAAGUGCCGCGAGAACGCCCCCGAGCAGCAAUGGUUCUGGGAUGCCUGA